AUGGACGGUUCCAUCGAUCAGCCAUCGCAGGAAACGAUCGCCGUUUGGGAGAACCAGUAUUCGCCCUCGCAGUGGAGUGUCCGUUUUCCGACCGCCUCGGAAGUGGUUGACUAUCACGUGAAAUUUGUAACGAACGUCAGUAACCAGAACAGGGAAACCCUUGAACCGCGUCUGGACAUCGACUACAGCAGUGGAGACCGUGAAAAGGUCGACAUUUACGGAGACAAUCUGCCGGCAGAUGCGCCACUUUUCGUGUAUAUUCACGGCGGCUACUGGCAGAUGCUGGAGAAGGAAACGUCCGCUUACCCUGCGAAACCACUGGUGGAUCACGGCGUGCGAGUAAUGAUCGUAGGUUACGAGUUGUGUCCGAGUCUUACAUUGGAGGAGCUGGUGCGACAGAUCAAAGUGGCCGGAGAGUUUGUUUUAAACUAUGCUACCGAAAAUGGUGUAAAACAAGUGGCCAUAGCGGGUCAUUCGGCCGGCGCCCAUCUCAUUGCCAGCAUGGUCGAUCAAGAGUUUAUAAAUGUCGUUGGAGAGGAAUUUAAUCUGCUCAGGGAUGUGUUUCUGAUUUCCGGUGUGUAUAAUGUCCAGGAGCUGCGCUACACCAAUAGUGUCAACCGGGGCAAUCUCCUCGGCAUCACCAACAGCAAUGCAAGGCAACUGUCGCCACUCUAUGCCAACUACGAUCAUCUUCGAUCGUCGGCUGAUAGAUUACGCUUUCAUGUGUAUGCAGGAGAGCAUGAUAGUGACGUCUUCCGCGCGAUGUCAACGCAAAUGAACGACCAUUUGGCUUCGUUUGGGCUACAAAGUGAUUUGAACAUCCUGCCGAACCUAGAUCACUUCGAUAUUGUCGAAAACCUUUCCAAUGAGGACCAUCCUCUAACGAAAGCAAUUCUAGGUGGAUUCGGGAAGCUGUAA